AUUCACCUCGCUCCCCGUCGCUCUCCCCUUCCCCCCCGCUCCCAUCCCUUUCCGACGUCCCAUCUCCAUCCACCCCCAUCGAGCUCCCCCAAGAUCUCCUUUAACCCCCGCCCCGUUGCGCCUCCACUCGCUCACUCACUCCACCACGAUCAAGCCAGCAAGCAAUCAAGCUUGCUCGCUCGCUCCCGCCGCCGGCCCCUUCCUGCUGCAUGGAUUCCCCCGGCGCCCCCGGCCCGUCCACGGCCGGCGCCGGCGCAGGAAGCGCGGCGGACGGGGUGGCGGCGCCCAAGCCUCCCCAGCUGAGCAGGUACGAGUCCCAGAAGCGGCGCGACUGGAACACGUUCCUGCAGUACCUGCGGAACCAUCGGCCCCCGCUGACGCUGGCCCGGUGCAGCGGGGCGCACGUGAUCGAGUUCCUCAGGUACCUGGACCAGUUCGGCAAGACCAAGGUGCACGCGGCCGGCUGCGCCUACUACGGCCAGCCAAACCCGCCGGGCCCUUGCCCGUGCCCGCUCCGCCAGGCCUGGGGCUCCCUCGACGCGCUCAUCGGCCGCCUCCGGGCCGCCUACGAGGAGAGCGGCGGCGCGCCCGAGUCCAACCCGUUCGCGGCGCGGGCCGUCCGGAUCUACCUCCGCGAGGUGCGUGACUCGCACGCCAAGGCCCGCGGCAUCCCGUACGAGAAGAAGAAGCGCAAGCGCGGGACGCCCGCCGAGGGAUCCAGUUCGACUGCUGCCGGUGGGGACGCCGGUGCUGGCGGCAGCGGCAGUGCAGCUGCCGGUGUGUCGUCCGGCUCCGGCGCCGCACAAGCUCCGGCGGAGAGCGGCGGUACUGCUGGUGGCACCACUGCACCGAGCAUCUCUUGAUGAGGGACAGGCAUCUCGGAUUCUUCGCCGACGAUGAUUGUGUUAAGAUUUUUGAAAUCCGUGCUUAGGCAAAACAACAUGUGAACUGUAUACAUGCAAGGCCACCAUGUAUCCAUCACAUCAGCGCUGUUUAAAACUGUUUAUUGGAUCUCAGUUGCUUUCUAAAAGAUGAGAAACAAGCGUGUAAGAUUAGUAUGAUCAUCUGUCACUGUAUUUGCUAUCCUGUUCAUAUGUUGCUCUUAUAACAAGUUUAACAUGUACAACAGAAUGGAAUCAUACGUACAGUCAUCCAUAAAUUAUAGG